UCUUUAGGCAGUCGCACCCUCAUGCAAACCCCGGCCGUCACACAGAUGUGGAGAGGGUAGGCGAUAACUAGAGGAGGUAUAAAUAGAUCAGGAUGGCAUGCACACACACACACACACACACACACACACACUCUCUUUCUCUCUCUCCCUCUCUCAGACACUCACUCUCUCCGUCACACCCACCAGUGUGCUAAGAGGAUGCGGUAGUUCCAAGAAUAGGCUCGGUGCAGUGUGAGUCUGCGGGUGUUAAGAGUUAAGAGGGAGAAAGGGCAAAGAGAUGCAUGCAGAUGAAGAAGAAGAAGAAGUAGUGAUGUGGAGGGACGAUAGGACACACACGUGUGAGCGUGAUCGCACGGGUGGGCGGACAAUCCCGAGAUGUUGAAAGACCUGGAGCCCUAAUGACACAUGUAAAGAGCUGUCGCUCUUCACUCAACAUGUCCGUCACGUAUAAACUCCCUCCUCUGAUUCUUCUUUAUUGCUCUCCGUCUCCACAACCUCUUUCAAUUUCUAUUUCUCUCUCUCACUUUUCCUCACUGCCUGUCAGCAUUCCUCACUAUUUCCAUCCCCUUCGUUGCCAUGCGUGUGUGUGCGCGUGUGUGUGUGAGACAUAAAGAGAUGGGAAGGGGUUGUGUGCCGACUGCUGAUGGGGCUUUAUCUUGUUUGAGUGGUUAUUUAAUUAUCCUUGAGCAGAGUAGGUGGGCGACUGGAGAGGGGGGGGCGAGAGGAGAGGAAUGGAAAGGUGCAAGAUGAGAGGAGAUGCGACAGAAAAAGAGAGGGAAGGAAACGAGGUGUGGCAUGUAGGCUUUGUCUGUCUUGAGUUGUAAGGUUUUUCUUUCAACUUUUUGCUGCUUUUCCUUUGUGCUGUCCUCGCUCACUGAUGAUAUACUUUACUGUUCUCGGGAUUAUAAUUCACACUUAACCCCCUGCUCUUUGAAAAUCUCAAGUAGGAAUUAACGAGGCGUACGACUCGAAUCUCCCUCUCGCUUGUGUUCUCAGUGCUUUCUUCUCUGUCCUCUUCACACAGCAACAUAAAUGUACCAUUGACGCGUAUAGUCCGAGCGCUUGUGACAGGAUGUGACUGAAUCACAACCAGCUGGCGCUGUUUUUUUACGCCUCUAAGGUCUGAAUGCCUUUUGAUAAAUAAGUCAAACAGGCCAGUUUCUUUUAUCUAAUGUAUAUUCUGAGUACAAAGCACAGUUUCCUCCUUAACAUAGUCAACAUAGAGGACAUGCACAGCAGAAACAAACUACCAGUCAUUGUUGGAGGGACAAAUUAUUACAUUGAGUCUCUGCUGUGGAAAGUCUUGUUGGACACCGGGGAGAGCGAGGAGGCCGGAGAUGGAGGAGAAGAAGCUUCGAAAAGGAAGUUAGAGCUGGAAAAGCUGGAAGGAUCCGAGUUACACAAACGACUGGCGGAGGUGGACCCCAAAAUGGCGGCCACGUUACACCCCAAUAACAAACGCAGGAUUGCCAGGAGCCUUCAAAUUCACGAGGAUACAGGCAUCCCUCAUAGCCACUGGUUGGAGGAGCAGAGGGGGCAGGAGGGAAGCAGUGAACUGGGGGGGCCACUGAGGUACCCGGACCCAUGCAUUUUCUGGCUGCAUGCCGAUAUGGAGGCACUCGACAAGAGGCUGGACGCUCGCGUGGAUGAGAUGUUGUCCGCGGGACUGAUCGAGGAGCUCAGGGACUUCCAUGUGCGCUUCAAUCAGCAGAAAGUCCAGGAUGACAGCCAGAGCUACCAGCAUGGGAUUUUCCAGUCGAUUGGUUUCAAGGAGUUUCAUGACUACCUGACCGCUCCUGAAAGCAGCACCCAGCAGGAGAGAGACUCACUUCGAGACACAGGUAUAGAAGCUGUGAAGAUUGCUACAAAGCGUUAUGCGCGCAAACAGAAUAAGUGGGUCCGGAACCGCUUCCUUAAACGACCUGGAGACAACGUGCCUCCAGUGUACGGCCUGGAUGUGACGGACGUGUCGCGGUGGGAGGAGGCGGUGCUGAACCCUGCACUGCAGAUACUGGACAGUCUCCGUAAGGGUGAAGAGCCGACCGUUCCACCAAUCAGAGUGCAGGAGGCGGGACAGAAAAACAAACGGAAUCUGCGAGUGUGCGAUCUGUGCGACAAAGUCAUCCUCGGUGACCUGGAGUGGACGGCUCACCUGAAGUCUAAGAAGCAUCACUAUCACGUGAGGAAGAAGAGGAAGACUGACCCCGCCUGUGACCAGAUCACUGCAGGAGACGAGACGUUCUCAGAAGACGCCGUUGCUUCCCAGGACGCCAGGACGACACGCGAGGAAGUACCGGUGACACUUUAGUAACUGCACUGACUCUGGGGCGUACACAUGUUUAUUCAGGCUUCCAGCAGCUGGAGGUUUCCUCGUAGUCUGUAAAGAAGCGCGGAUCUCUGUUUGGCCGUUACAUGCGAGGAACUCCGGGGGAAGCCUGCACUUGAGAUACCAUCAAGUACCCGCCUCCCCACUGAGCUCCAUUAGUUCCUCCAAAUCGUAAUUUGUCAAAGCGCUUAAAAUUCAAAAGGAUGAAAGCUCCUCCAGCUCUGCAAGUUGUGCUCUGCAAAAAAACGCGGAUCCUUUCUGAAUGUGGAUUAUA